AUGAGGCCAAUCGGAUCCGGGGCCUGGAUUCGAGGGUCGGCUAAGUUUCUUGAUGCUUCUGGAGCAAAACUUGACUAUCGCCGAUAUGCAGAAACACUCUUUGACAUUCUGGUGGCUGGUGGAAUGCUGGCCCCAGGUGGUACACUGGCAGAUGACAUGAUGCGUACACAUGUCUGCGUGUUUGCAGCACAAGAAGACCUAGAGACCAUGCAAGCAUUUGCUCAGGUUUUUAACAAGUUAAUCAGGCGCUACAAAUACCUGGAGAAAGGUUUUGAAGAUGAAGUAAAAAAGCUGCUACUGUUCUUAAAGGGUUUUUCAGAGUCGGAGAGGAACAAGCUGGCUAUGUUGACUGGUGUUCUUCUGGCUAAUGGAACACUUAAUGCAUCCAUUCUUAAUAGCCUUUAUAAUGAGAAUUUGGUUAAAGAAGGAGUUUCAGCAGCUUUUGCUGUAAAACUCUUUAAAUCAUGGAUAAAUGAAAAAGACAUCAAUGCAGUAGCUGCAAGCCUUCGGAAAGUCAGCAUGGAUAAUAGACUGAUGGAACUUUUUCCUGCCAACAAGCAAAGCGUUGAACACUUCACAAAGUAUUUUACUGAGGCAGGCUUGAAAGAGCUUUCAGAGUAUGUUCGGAAUCUUGUCAUUGGGAUAGUCUGGUCAAGUGUAAUGAGCACCGUGGAGUGGAACAAAAAAGAGGAGCUUGUAGCAGAGCAAGCCAUCAAGCACUUGAAGCAAUACAGCCCUCUACUUGCUGCCUUUACUACUCAAGGUCAGUCUGAGCUGACUCUGUUACUGAAGAUUCAGGAGUAUUGUUAUGACAACAUUCAUUUCAUGAAAGCCUUCCAGAAAAUAGUGGUGCUUUUUUAUAAAGCUGAAGUCCUGAGUGAAGAGCCGAUUCUGAAGUGGUAUAAAGAUGCACAUGUUGCAAAGGGGAAAAGUGUCUUCCUUGAACAAAUGAAAAAGUUUGUUGAAUGGCUCAAAAAUGCUGAAGAAGAAUCGGAGUCUGAAGCUGAAGAAGUUAGGCAUAAUGGAGCCGGGCACAGCAAACAGUUGAAGAAUGGAGGAAACUGGAUAGCUGGUAACCCAGAUAGCUCUUGGCACUCUGAACAACCUCAAGUACAGCCAUCUAAGCCAGUGAUAUUGCUGCAUUCAUUAUUUGUGUUUAACUGUGAAACUUGCAUCUUGUCUGUACUCUUGAAAUUGAAUAAAAUUUCAUGAGACUCCUUA